GCAGAGGCAGGAGCAGCAGGGGCAGGGACAGGGGCAGACGUGCAGGAGCCCAGCUAGCACUCAUGGCCAGCAGCAGCCGCAGCAGCAAGCCCAGGAGCAGCAGCAGGAGUCGGGACUUGUGGAGGGUCGUCGACAUGCUCGAGCCGUCUCGCCGCAUCGGAGUCCGGCGGGGCCUGAUGCCGCGAUGGCUGACUCGCCUGCUGCUGCUGCUGCUGCGGUGUCACAUCCACAGCAACAACAACAGCAGCCGCAGCAGCAGCAUAAGCCGGAAGAGCAGUCAGGGCAGCAGACAGAGCAGGAGGAGCGGUGUCCUGGGUCAUCGCACCGGCAGCAGCAGCAGCAACACCCGCAGCAGCAGCCCCUGCAAACGCUGGCGAUCGUGACGGGGGACUUCAACAGCACCGCUGGGAGUCCGCUGUACCAAUUCCUGGCCCGUGGGUCGCUGGACCUCUCCUGCACGAGUCGCAAGAAGCUCAGCGGUCAGCUACACGGCGUAUGUCACACGCAGUACAAACCGGUGUCGGAGGUGCAGCAACUGCAUGCCAACCUCACGGCCACGGCAGCAGCAGCAACCGCAGCAGCAGCAGCGGCAACCGCCGCAAGGUGCGCCGCCGCCGCCAACACCCCUAGCAACACCCCUAGCAACAACCCAGCUGCCACCGUCACCGCAACUGCAGUGUCGUGCGCCGCCUCACCGCCCGCUAGCCCCCUAGCUGCAACGGCGGGGGUACCAGCGGCGAAUACUGAUGGCACGUCUUCCGCCGCCUCCUCGAAAGCGCCCAACGCAACUGUAUCGCCAACGGCGCAACAGCAGCAGCAGCCACCACUUCUACAGCCGACGCCGUACGUACCUACAGCGGUCGUUCGUACGUCGCUCGACUGGCCCCAAGCGCCAUUGGGCCGACGUAACAGCGCCGGCGGCGCCUUUCACCAUCACCACCACAGCAACCACUUCCAUGUAAGCGGAGAGCGAUGGUCGGAUCGAGAGCUCAAAUGCGCCAUGGGAGAUCAGUACAACGGCCCGCCGCCGCUGUCGCCGCCGCCGCCAGUGGCGCCGUCGCUGUCGCUGUUGUACCAACCGUCCGGCUGCAGUCGGUUGGCAACGUCCGAGUCGGCGCCGUCGGUUAACUCCAAUGCUGGUCAGCCAUGCGAUGACAAAAGAGCCGGAGGCAGCUCAACAGGAGGGGAGCCCUUAGAGGUAUUAAAGGGUCGGGCUACGGCGUCUGAAGGCCUCCCAGCAGGAGAAGCUCCGGCACCGGGCACGGCAGCCACCGCUUCCAACGUCACCCCCUCCUCCUCGACCUGUUCGCCGUCGCUGUCGUCAUUGCAAGGCCAGCCGCAAGCCCAGCAGCAGCAGCAGCAGCCUGGCUCGCAAUUUGGUCGCGCACUGGGUCGCCAUCACAGCGUGCACGCAAUCGCUCACAUGACGGCGACACAGGGCACUAGCGGAAGCAGCGGUGGCGGCAGCGGUGGCGGCGGCAGCAGGUCCCUGCUAGGAGGGCCUGUCGGUAGUGUAUACCGGCGCUGUUCCGUCGACCUGCCGCCGUACUAUACUCCUACCGGUGGCCUUGACGGUACGGCACCCGUAAGGCCGCCUCUGAUUGUACGGCACCCUCUUCAGCUGAAGAGCAGCUACGUGGAGGUAUCGGCGGCGGAGCCUACCUUCACUUCCAUACACAGCGGGUUCAUGGGCACGGUGGAUUUCAUCUGGUACACCUCGGAGGCAAUCCUGCAGGGCAGCAAUAUGCAGGAGAGCAAGAUACAGGAGGGCAGCAUGCAGGGCAGCAAUAUGCAGGAGAGCAGUGGUUGCAGUACGGCGGCGAAUGGGGAGGCGACGGCCCCAGAACUGAAAGCGACGGGAACGCCUGUCCCGGCGGCCGGGCCGUCGUCGCCGCCAUCUCAACAUGAGGGCACGUCAUCAAUCGCCAGUCGUUCGGCUGGCGGCGGCGGCGGCUGUGACAAUGGCGACGGCAGCGGUUCUCAUUCAAUCGCAUCUCCGGAGACCAAUGAUGGUCAGCCUGCUGCCACCUCACCGUCUGACACGUCAUGUUCUGCAGCAACCGCCCCCACCGCUUCUAUCUCCACCUCUACUGUCAAACCCAAUGCCUCCUCUACCUCCUCCUCCUCCGACUCCCCGCCCAUUCGCUUCCAGCUGGUACCCGUGGCGGUGCUGCAGCCGCCCAGCAUUGAGGCCCUGCCGCGGGGACUGCCGGCGGAGGGCUGGGGCAGCGACCACAUCAGUGUGCUGACGCGCUUCGAGCUGCGGCCCGUGCCCGUGUCCGUGUGAUGGGUCGUGCCCGUGAGUCGUAUCUGUGCACCCAUGUGGGGGGCAGCGGUGGUGGGAGGGCGAGGUGGGGAAGGGGUUGCUACUGGGUCGCUGCUGCUGCUGCGGUAGUGGUGAGGGUAAGGGUGAGGAACGUAGGAUUAGGGAGGCCUGCUGGUGUUGAGAGGACGUGGCUGUUCGGUAGGUUGAGCUGUUCGGUAGGUUGAUGGUGUAGCAGCAUGUGCUAGCGCAUGAGAUGCACAUAAAGGGACUAAGGGAGGAGGCAGGGUCAGUGCAGGUUAGUCAUGUAGGAGUUGAGAAGAUGGGGGCGUUUUCAGAAAUUAUGCCCGGUUUGCCCAGUCAUGGGUUGGGUUGCGGUUGGUUUGCUAGGUGGGCUUGUCAUGACAUAGCCCGCAAUGUGUUGGAGGCCUCGGUACGUUUGGAUGGCCGCAGGGUUGCAACCUACCUUAAACUCGCCAGGGAUUGGUUCUUGGAUGAGCGGCUAGAUGACAUAGAAAAUAGCCGAUUAGCAAGGCGACGGUAAGCUACAAUCAUAACCCAUUUAAAGCCCUAGUUGCUAGUAAGAAUCCAUAUUUAAGGGCUGGCGAUGCCUCAGUAUGCAGUUGUUGUGUUGUGUUGCGCACUUGCCCCUUUCGUCGUUUAGUCAUGUUGCGGUCUUUUCGCAUUUUUGUCGUUGCUCCCUUCUGUCCCCCUGCUACAACGGUGUCGUGUUUGACCCAUGGGUCGGACCUAGAUCCAUGGGUGGUUAUCGCUAUGUGAGCUGUAGUUGGUUCUUCCCAGUUUGUAUGUCACAUUUGCUGGUGGGGUUCGGGGAAGCAAGGGGCUGCAGUCAUCGCAUGCCAGGGUGGUUUCGACAGAUGCUCGUGUACCGCUUUCCACACUUCUAACCGUCAUCCAGUGUUUGUGGGAGAGAUGGUCCCGGCAGUCUGAUAGAGAGGAGAGCGGAGAGGUGUUUUUGGCCGUGGUGUUGGUUGGUGGGAGUGGUUUUGGUGCCGUCAAGUCGGGGGGAGAGGGCAGAGCAUCAAUGCAGUGGAGAGGAGAGGGAGGAGAGGGAAGAGGGAGGUGGCUAGCUGGCGGCGAGGUAGCGCUAGAUGCUAGCUGUGUGCGGAUGGGGAUGAUGCUUGGCGUGAGAAGACGACACAUGAGAUCGAGCGAGCGAGUGCAAAACGGUAGGGCGUGACAGUGUUCUUGGAUUGUGUGUAUACAUGUCGCAAGCGGGUUAGCGUGAGAGUGCGUUUCCUAGUCAGGUGAUGAGGGCCAGGAAGGUGGCAUGGGCCUGGGCAGCGUAUGAUGGGCGGAAUAAGCGGGAGGAUAUGAAAGAGCUUAGCCGUGGUGUUGCUGUGACGCGACAGUGCAGGUGCGAACAGGAGCAGUGCGCAGUCAUGUGGGACACAGCUAGACCAGGCAGUCGAGGGGUCGUAGCUAUGGUCUCUAGGAAGUUUUGAUUUUUAAAGAAUAAAAACCCUCAUGCCGCAGAAGGUUUCUCACAGCCGGGUUUGUGGGGACACGUUCACGCGGGAUGCGUGGGCACAACAGUUAAGUACCGUGUCACGAACGGAAACGUCGGCUGCUGUUGAGGGGUGUUGCGCCUGCCUGCGUGUGUGCGCUUGCAAAUCAGAACCUAACAGUGCGUUUGAAACACAUAUGUUCCAUGCAGUGAUCUCCUUAAUCUCUGCUUCACUGGUGCGGUCUAGGCAGGUUGAGCUUUGACUAGCGUGCUAGAAAGUGCGUUAGGAAGGGAGCGUUGUUGGGUGGCCUGGCCCAGUCGACGUCAAGAGGCAAUUGACGGGCGGCUCUAGCCACCAUCGCUACCUUGUGAGGGACGAAGGGUCUUUGCGUUCUAGAUUGCCUGCGAAGGCUUGCGCCGCUGUAAGAGAUGACUCCGUCUGAAAGCAAUAACUACUG